AUGCCGGCGUCGAGGAGAAACACGGUCGAGCGUCUUGACAGACCUAGUUCAUAUGCGACUAGCAAAAAUCGCCGGAAGAAUAAUCGUCGCGACGAUGACCAACGACGCGAGCCCACGCCUGAAUUCGAUGACAAGCUCAAAGAGGCUACCACACUCUACGUCGGAAAUCUUUCAUUCUACACCACCGAAGAACAAAUCCACGAGCUCUUCUCAAAGUGUGGCGAGAUCAAGCGACUGGUUAUGGGGUUGGACCGAUUUCAAAAAACCCCUUGCGGUUUCUGUUUCGUCGAAUACUACACCCACCAAGAUGCCCUCGACUGCAUGAAGUACAUCGGCGGUACCAAGUUGGACGAGCGAGUCAUUCGUACCGAUCUCGAUGAGGGCUUCGCUGAGGGCCGUCAAUAUGGACGAGGAAAAUCAGGUGGUCAAGUGCGCGAUGAGUACCGGAACGAGUUCGACCCAGGACGAGGAGGCUACGGCCGGGCCUAUGCCGACGAGUAUUACGACGACUAA